AUGCACGUUGAUCGUUUUUGGUAUGCUAAUGAUACAGAAUAUAUACCGAGUGUAUGGCACUAUGGAGCUGGUAUAUUCUCACUUUUAUGUUUAAUAUUUGGUAUAAUAUCAAAUGGUUUAGUUAUAUUUGUAUUCAUCAAACCAAGAAAUUAUUUUCUUAUCAAUCUUGCCAUCACAGAUUUUGGUUUACUUUUAACGAAUAAUUCAAUGCAUGUUAUUUCAUCAUUUAAAAAGAGAUGGAUAUUCGGACAAAUAGGUUGUAAUUUUUAUUCUGUUUGUGGUGGUAUAUUUGGUCUUACAUCAAUUACAACAAUGGCAGCUAUUUCUUUAACUCGUUUAAUAGCUGUUAAUGAUCCACUUAGUUCAUUGAGACUCAGUAGUCAUACUACUCUAAAUUAUCUUGCAUGUGCAUGGGUAUAUGGGUCAGUUUGGAUUAUGCCACCUUUAUUCGGUUGGAAUCGUUUUAUAUUAGAAGGUUUUGGAACAUCAUGUACAUUUGAUUAUGUAUCAAAAGAUUUAUCAGAUCGUUUAUUUAUUUUAAUAUUAGUAACUUGUGGUUUUCUUAUUCCAUUCUCAGUUAUUAUAUUUGCAUAUAGUUCAAUUCUAAUUAAAUUAUCUCAACGUGGACGUCAAUUUCCACAACAAAAUAAGGAUGAUCAAUGUUCGAAUCAACAAGGUAUAACCUAUUAUUUUAAUCACUUAAAUUUACCAAAUGAAAAUCAAGAACGUCGUAGAACAACAACAUCCACAUCUUUAAGUGAUGAUAAUAAUAUAAUGCGAAAUAUUCGUCGUACAGAAGCUCGUGCUACACGUACAGCAUUACUCAUAUGUACUCUAUUUUGUUCAGCAUGGGGACCUUAUGCCUUAAUGACCAUAUUUUCUGUAUUGGGCUUUGAUCAUUUAGUAAAUGCUUAUACAACAUCAAUACUUGGUAUGUUUACUAAAGUAGCUGCCUGUAUCAAUCCAUUGAUAUAUGCACUUUCAUUAAAUGGAUUUCGAGACCGAAUAUGUGCAUAUGUUAAAUGUAUAUAUCACUGUGAUAAACAGCAUAAUGAUCGGUUACUAUCACCCAAUCUUGAACUUAAUCGAAAAAGUAAUUUUAAUUUAGCAGAUACUGCAUUUACUCGUAAACGUACACAAUUUGACCUAAUAAAUCGUUUGAAUCUCUAG